AUCAGAAGCAUCACACCAGUAAAUAACCGCGGCGUAAGAUGAUGAUGAUAUCUUUGACUGUCCUGUUCGUGGUGGGCGUACUGAUGACACCAAUGAUGGUGAAAGCUGCCCUUUGUGGGUGCACACUGAAUAUGGAUCCUGUCUGUGGAAUAGAUGGUAACACCUACCCUAACGAGUGUACCAUGUCCUGCGAAGGAGUUUCCCUUGACCAUUAUGGAGACUGUAAUAAGCUUUGUGCGUGCCCACUGAAUAUGGAUCCUGUCUGUGGAAUAGAUGGAAACACCUACCCUAACGAGUGUACCAUGUCCUGCGAAGGAGUUUCUCUUGACCAUUACGGAGACUGUAAUAAGCUUUGUGGGUGCCCACUGAAUAUGGAUCCUGUCUGUGGAAUAGAUGGCAACACCUACCCUAACGAGUGUACCAUGUCCUGCGAAGGAGUUUCCCUUGACCAUUACGGAGACUGUAAUAAGCUUUGUGGGUGCCCACUGAAUAUGGAUCCUGUCUGUGGAAUAGAUGGUAACACCUACCCUAACGAGUGUACCAUGUCCUGCGAAGGAGUUUCCCUUGACCAUUACGGAGACUGUAAUAAGGUUUGUGCUUGUCCACUAAUUUUGGAUCUUGUUUGUGGAAUGGAUGGAAAUACCUACCCCAACGAGUGUACCAUGAACUGCGAAGGGGUUUCUUUGGAUUAUUACGGAAACUGUAACAAGGUUUGUGCUUGCCCGGCGAGUUGGGAUCCAAUCUGUGGAAUUGAUGGAAAUACCUACCCCAACGAGUGUACCAUGAACUGCGAAGGGGUUUCUUUGGAUUAUUACGGAAACUGUAAAAAGGUUUGUGUUUGCCCGGCGAAUUGGGAUCCUGUCUGUGGAAUUGAUGGAAAUACCUACGCUAACGAUUGUACCAUGAACUGCGAAGGAGUCGCGUUGGAUUAUUAUGGGGAAUGUUACAAGCUUUGCGGAUGCCAAAAGAUUUUAGAUCCCGUGUGUGGAGUGGAUGGAAAUACCUACAAUAAUGAGUGUCUCAUGAGAUGCGAAGGGGUUUCUUUGGAUUAUUACGGAAACUGUAACAAGGUUUGCGCUUGCCCAGAGAUUUGGGAUCCUGUCUGUGGAAUUGAUGGAAAAACCUACGCUAACGAGUGUACCAUGAACUGCGAAGGGAUUGCCUUGAAUUAUGACGGGAGUUGUCAGGUAUGAUACCUGGAACAUUGGCGACAAUGGAGUUGAUACCACGUUUCUAUGUUUAAAGAACACAGACGUUUUGGUGCUGUUAUAAGUAACUACCAUUGAUUGUAAAAUGUAAUAGGAAAUACAUAUACCAUCGCGAUUGUUUUAUUUGCAUUCAGAAAUACUUAAUUAGGAACUACCAUAAAGUCUGAACAUCAAUGAUUAUUUUAUCAAAGUUAAUAAAAGCCUCCGUUAAUCUAUGAAUGUGUGAUUUGUUUUAUAUGUAUUUCCUCUUAUGGAAGCGUGUGCCGCCAUGAUAUAGCGUCCAUAAGAAUUGUCUUACCUGUUUAGAUAUGGACCUGGUGUAGCAUACUCAUAAUGUAAUAUUAAUAUCUUGCAGUAUUUAAAAAAAGAUAUUUAACAUAACCAUCUCAAAUUAAAUUAUUAUAAUUAUGAUAAGAUAGUUUGUGGUUCGGCGUUUCUGGCCACCCCACUAUGACAGACAAGAUUUUUUGGUAUAUUUUGGUUGGUGUUUGCUUCCAUGUUUUGUAUGGUUCAAACUACUUUGUAUUUGUGCGUUUUUAAAUAAUUAUAAGGUUUUGAUUAAUGCCACGUUGUGGCUUUGUCAGUAAAAUAAGAACAAAUCUCAUCCUUUGUUGGGCUUUUUAAGACAACAGAUAUAAAGCAAAAUGUGUGGCGUUAGAAUUAAGAGAGAAUUCAUUUUCCGUGAACAUUGGAUUAUUUAUUGUAAAAUGAUUAGAAGGUUUGUUUCGAUUUCAUAUGGAAUUAGUGAAUCUGAUACUUUCAUUAUAUCAGGACAAACUCGCACUUAAAUACAAACUGUUGUAACCUUAAUAGCCACGGUUAUCUCUUUUGAGUAGUGGCAUGGUCAUAUAAGAUACAAUUUACGUUUACACAUUUUUUAAGUAGUGGCAUGGUCAUAUAAGGUACAAUUGACAUUUACACACUUUUGAGUAGUGGCAUGGUCAUAUAAGAUACAAUUGACGUUUACACACUUUAACAUGAACAAAUAAAUUUUGAAAUUAUAAAUAAAUGGGUUUUACGGACCUGUCCCUGUGUUUCAAAAAGAAGAUUAGACAAUUUGGAUUUUCCAAGUUUUUGGUCCCUAGUAUCCCCGAUGAGUGGACGAAAUGGCGGUAUAAUGCAGAGUUAUAUACUUUUUGACACACUGUAUCUAUUACCACAUUUUAAAAGUGAAGUCACCUGUGUUUAUAACGCUCAUCUUUUAAAAAUGUCACAUGAAAAGAAAUUUCAAAUCGGUAAGAUACAUAUUUCUUAGAUGUGUGUAUAAGGGUGUGUGAGGCUGUGUU